AUGGGGAUAGAGGAUUACCAUGUCAUCGACCUCGUCGGGGAGGGCUCCUUCGGCAAGGUUUACAAGGGCAGGCGCAAGUACACUCGCCAGACGGUCGCCAUGAAGUUCAUUCUUAAGCACGGGAAGACCGAUAAGGAUAUACACAACCUUAGGCAGGAGAUUGAGAUCCUAAGGAAACUCAAACAUGAGAACAUAAUUGAAAUGAUCGAUGCCUUUGAAACCCCUCAGGAGUUUUGCGUUGUCACAGAGUUUGCUCAGGGAGAACUGUUUGAGGUGCUCGAGGAUGAUAAAUGCCUUCCAGAAGAACAAGUUCAGGCAAUUGCUAAGCAGCUGGUGAAAGCAUUGUAUUACUUGCAUUCCAAUAGAAUUAUUCACCGGGAUAUGAAACCUCAGAACAUCCUUAUCGGGAAAGGAUCUAUUGUAAAGCUUUGUGACUUCGGGUUUGCUCGUGCUAUGUCAGCUAACACAGUUGUAUUACGCUCCAUUAAAGGGACGCCUUUAUAUAUGGCUCCAGAACUGGUGAGGGAACAGCCGUAUAACCACACAGCAGAUUUAUGGUCCCUUGGUGUCAUCUUGUAUGAACUGUUUGUUGGACAGCCCCCUUUUUAUACAAAUUCGGUCUAUGCACUUAUCCGGCACAUUGUCAAGGAUCCUGUAAAAUAUCCAGAUAAUAUGAGCGCAAACUUUAAGAGCUUCCUGAAGGGUUUACUCAACAAGGUGCCUCAAAGUAGAUUAACCUGGCCAGCAUUGUUGGAGCACCCAUUUGUCAAAGAUGAUUCAAUGGGACCAGCAGCUGAGUCUCGACCUGCACCUUUUGAAGCUAGAGGGUCUGAAGGUACUAGGAAAGCAGAAGAAACACAAACAUCAAGGAACCAACCUUCCCCAGCUGCCCCCCAAAGUAGAACUGCUACUACCAAUAGGGAUAAUGAUUCCGAUAAACCCAAAGAGUGUACUGCUUUGGAUAAACUGGAAAAAGCCUCACAAACAGUAGAAGGUGCAAACAGCAUUGUUGAAGAUAAUGAAGCACUGUCAACCAUUCUCAGCCCUAUCAAAAUUUGGCUUACUAAUGCUCCAAGUCCACCCAGGGAAUUGAAUAUUGAUGGAGCAAAUCAGUCACUCAGAAUUAUUAAAAAUUUAAUUGAUGCCGGGUCAUGCCAAUCUUAUGCGGCAAUUGACAUAAGCUUGCUUCUUGAGUUUACAAAUCUCAUUAUCAAAACUAAGCUUUCAAAUGCUUAUGGACUUGUGGUGAAGAUCCUGGUUUCUACAGUGGAUCCAUCUGGGAGAAUAUCUCGUGAGUCAACUGCCUGCCUUGCUUUGAUGUUAUCUCGGGUCAUCUCUGGGUUGAAGGCAAGCAUGUCAUCUGAAGACCCGAAGCCAGUGGAAGAAAGUCUCCUCAAGAUCAUUGAUCAUGCGAGGACGUCACAACUACUUGAACUCUUGUGUGAAUGUCUGAUAGCUUCGGGUUCAGACACAAUAUCAGGUUCUACAAACAUGGUACCUGCUGCUUGUGAGGCAUGCAAGGCUAUUUGGUACCUAGCUCAUGCUGUUGACAUUAUGUCCAUUGGUGCACACCAUUUUUCAUUUCCCUUAGCUAAUUCAUGGCGACAAAUACACUCAAUGCAAGAGCAAGGUUCAAUGGCAGAUUCAAACUCUACCAAUCUGAUUAACAUAUUUGUCAAAUCAUUUCUUGCCUCACGACCAAUGCAGGUUGCAGUUUACCACUGCUUGCAUAAUGGUCUAGAAUCAGCUAUUCAUGCUUGUCUUCAGCUUAUCUCAAGGGCCUGUCUGCAGAAUGUGUCUUUCUGUGCCAUUAUGUGUCGUCCAUGGAAUUCACCAUCUGAUGUUGAUGCAGUAGAAUAUGGUGGAGAUGGAACAAUAGUCUCUGAUAUGUUUUCCUUAUUGUCACUGUGUGGAUCAUAUUUAAAUAAGGAAUCCAAGCAGAAUAGCAAUCAGAAAUGCAAACUAUCCAACCCUCAUGCUCUUGUAGUGCACUGCUGCCUUGCAUUAGCGACAAUAGCUGCAUGUUUGAAAUCAGAGGGAGAGUCUUCAGCAUCAGUUAUCCUAACAAGUUCCCAGAAAAAACAGCGGUCCCGUCUCUCAGUUCUUGCACACCUUUCAUCAGUUGAUGAUACAGUGAAGAGUUGCCUGCAGCCACACUGUGCAUCAGCAAUGCUUGGGCUCUCAUCACUUGUUUCUCUUGAAAAUGGUGGACAAACCAGGUCUUCUCUUUGUGAAACCGCCCUUGCUUUAUUUCCUCGUAUGGCAACACUGCACACUCUGCUGAAGCUUUGGUUAUCUGAUGGAAGCGAAGCACUCUGUCGAUAUAAUGCUGGUCUUCUGAAUCUUUUUGGACUCCGCGAUGGAAGUAUUGGACUGCUAGAGACAAGGUUGAAAUGGGGCGGACCAUUGGCCAUUGAACAAGCCUGCUCAGUUGGCAUCCCACAGCUUCUAAUUCGCUUGCUUACUGAUGGUUUCUCAAAAGAGAUAUCUGACGGGAAAGAUAGUUCAACGAACCGCAGUGGGUUGUCUCCAUUGGGAGUUAUCUGGACUCUUUCUGCUUUAUCUCAAUGCCUUCCUGGUGGAGUUUUCCGUGAAAUUUUGUAUAGAAGGGAACAGUUAAAGCUCUUAACUGACUUAUUGUCUGAUACACACCUUAAGGCAUUGGCAGCCUGGACGGGUCUUGGUGGUGGGAAGAGGGGAGUUCGGGAACUGAUAAACUCAGUUGUUGAUAUCUUGGCAUUUCCAUUUGUUGCAGUGCAGAGUUCUCCAAACAUGCCGUCAGCAUCUGCAUCCAUCAAUAGUGGCUUCCUGCUUAAUGUUGCAUCACCUGGUGGGCGCAUUGGCACUGAGAAUAAGGAAAUGCUCAAAACUAUCGAGCAAAACAUGCCUCAGUACAUUCAAGUUCUACUAGAGGUUGGCAUUCCUGGAUGUAUGCUGCGCUGUCUUGACUAUGUCGACAUGGAAGAUCUAGGUAGGCCCCUGGCAAUUGUGGCCAAAAUGGCAGGCUACAGGCCACUUGCUUUGCAGCUUCAUAAAGAAGGUCUUCUAGAUCCAAUUAGAGUAGCGGCAUUACUGGAGGGUCCUAUAGCAAAGGAGACUUUGCUUGAUUUCCUCAUGAUUAUUUCUGACCUUGCUCGCAUGUCAAAGGACUUUUAUGUACCCAUUGAUAAAGCUGGACUUGUUGGAUUUUUGAAGAACUUCUUAUCAAAUGGAGACCCUGAUAUAAGGGCAAAAGCUUGCAGUGCCAUUGGCAACAUGUGCCGCCAUAGCUCCUACUUUUAUGGCCCACUUGCAGCAAAUAAGGUGAUCCAGCUCGUGGUUGACAGGUGUUCUGAUCCUGACAAGCGCACACGAAAGUUCGCAUGUUUUGCUGUUGGCAAUGCUGCUUAUCAUAAUGACAUGCUGUAUGAAGAAUUGAGACGGUCCAUACCUCAACUCACUACUUUACUACUUGGUCCUGAGGAGGAUAAAACCAAAGGCAACGCUGCAGGUGCGCUCAGUAAUCUAGUGAGGAACUCUGACAAACUUUGCGAAGACAUUGUCUCCCAAGGCGCAAUUCAGGCGCUGCUGAAGAUGGUCGGCAGUUACUCUACCGUUGCCCUGAGCCCCAGCAGACGAGAUGCUCUCACUGAAUCACCGCUAAGAAUCGUGCUCUUCGCCCUGCGCAAGAUGUGUGACCACGCCAUCUGCAGGAACUUCCUCCGGUCUUCAGAGCUGCUCCCGGUCAUCGUUCACCUCCGGCAGUCACCUGAUCCAACGAUCUCCGAGUAUGCUUCUGCCAUCGCGACUAGAGUGAGCCAGGCCUGA